GUUCAGUGUUGUGAUGGAAGCAGCGACAAAAAUCACAAUCAGACAGAAAAAACAGCGAAAACCAGAUCAGAACGAGACCAGAUCGGAACGAGACCAGAUCAGAACGAGACCAGAUCACAGCCGAGAAACCAAACUCAGAGAAUCAGACGAAAUCUGGACGAGGAUCGAUCGGACUCGUUUUCAUCUGUAAUAACAGGUCUGUAGCUGCUGUCACACAUGUACAUCACAAUCCGAUCAUGUGAUGACUUCACAUCCCUCAUCAACAUGACACAUCUCCAUACAUCAGUACCGUCGCUCUGACCGGACUCCAAGCAGCAUAAUCCGUGAUGAUUUAUGGAUUAAUACCUCAGGAGUUACACGAACAGCUCCUGGACCACCAGAACUAUCAGAACCGCACCAAUGGGGUAGAGGAGCUGAAGAACAUCCUCCUGGAGCUGGACCCGAACCAGGUGUCCUCAAGCAGUAUUGUGGAAUUCAUCCAGUUCCUACGGAAACUUCUGGAUGAUAACAACUUCAAAGUUUUGUACGGCACUUUACAGGUUAUAAACCUGCUGAUCGAGAAACUUGACUACAACGUGGACAGAUAUUACAAGGAGAUAAUUUCUGUGACUCUGAAAACUCUGGGUGAUUCACGUAACGUCACCCGACAUGAAUACAUGAAUGUUUUCAGGCAGCUCACGAGGAUUGUGGGGCCUCAGAGAGUGUUGGAUCUCGUGAUUGGUCAGCUCAGGCACAAAAACUCCAGGGUUCGAGAAGACGUUCUGAACAUCAUCACCGCAGCGAUGCUCACACACCCCCGCAAGGACUUCAACAUCGGCGGUCUGUGUUUUGAAGUGGCUCCUUGCCUCGCCGACAGUAAGAAGAAGGUGCGACACGCAGCUCUCGAGCUGUUUGCCGUGUUCGAUUAUUGUCUGGACACGGGGAAGAAACAGCCCCUCAUGAAGGCCAUCGACAGAGUGGAGCUCACAGGAGAUGCUGAAGGGCUCAUGGCCGCCGUACAGGCGCGGAGAGCGCGACACAUCCUCCCGAGGCUGUCCGCUGACGGGAUGGUGGAAUACGCCCUUGUUAUUCCUAAACCCGGUCAGAGACGGUUACCUCAGUUCGGCUCCGGAGCGGAUCUAGACUGGGUUCUGAAUGGAGGUAGAGUUCAUAGUUCACACGGUCUCCAGAUGAGCAGAGAAUCGGAUCAGAUGUGCGGUUACGGAAGUCUGGGAUCCCUCACGGAUAAUGUUCCUUCUCAGAGGAGAAUCGUGAGCGCAGGGAAAGGGAAAAAUAAACUGCCCUGGGAGAAAUCGGCCCUCACUUCCUCUGUGGAGCGUCAGACCAGCAGCUCAGCUAACGGGAAGUCACCUGAUCAGGUGUGCAGUGAAGAUCUGUCAACAUCAGUUAGAACGAGUCAGGACACUGCUGCUAAACACAGUUCUUCAGAACAUCUGCAGCUUCAGUCUCCUGGCAGAUCACGGCGCUCUUCAGGUCGCCAGCGCCGCAGUGGAAGUUUAGAUUUGGAUCCAGACAUUUUCAAAACAGCCAAUCACGCAGAGUCUGAGAAAGGUUUGCCCAAGUCGAGUCGUUUGGUGUCGUGUAACCCCAGUGUGGAGCGAACGUUCUCUCUUCCCUCAAACUCCACUCCCCCGGGGUGUUUCCUGCUGCCCUCGUACCCUUUGACCCCUCUGACAGGUAGUCUGCUGACCACGACAUUACCUCGCAGAAAUCACACGGACUCGUCGCUGUCUAUGUCCAACACCUGGCCAAACAAGCGUGACAUCAGUCCUCAUCGCAAGAGAGACGUUGUUGGUGAUGUGAGCUCCAGUAAACGAUCUCCUCUUCCUCCUCGUUCCUCACGGGUGAGUCAGUCUUCAUCUGUCCAUCAGAGCAGAGACACAGCGGCACCCGUCUCGCCACGACCUCCUGACUCCCACAGGCACCCAGACAGACACCUGCAGCUGGAACUGUCUCACACGGAGGACGAACCACUCGACAGGGAGGAGAUGUUGAACUCAUUGCGCUCGCUGCGGAACAGCGCAGCUAAGAAGCGGGCUAAAGUCAGUGUGAGCGGGUCUGAACCGGAUCCAGACAGUCCAGAUUCUGCAGUGAAGCUCGAACUGGUUCCAGAUUCUCCUGAUCAAACGUCUCCGUCCAUCACCAGUCCUCUGAGUGAGAGCGGUCUGAGCAGUCUGUACUCGCCUCCGACACCCAACCACAACAAGAACAGCCCUGAGAACUCUGCUGCAAAUACUCAUAUGGCACGAGUUACGUCAGGAAGACACACGACACCAUCUGCAGUCGACCCCAGUGCUUCAGGUGUCCCACAGCAGGAUAAAUGUGUGAGUGUGGUGGGUCAGAGACUCGUUUACACAAAUAGACCGUUCGAUCAGGAUGAGGAGAGACACAGAGAGAUGACAUCGUCACCUCAGAUCAGACCGGCCGGCCGCGAGCCGCUCCGCGCGAUCAGACCUGCUAAAGGGUCUCAGCAGCACAUGUCAAAGUCGUGCAGCACUCGUGACAUGUCAGAGGGAGUGAUCGGACGAGGAGUGUUUGGUUCCGCCGUUCUGCCCAGUCGCCCCAGUGUAUCAGCGUCUCCUGAACAGGGCGACUCAGCCAAUAAAACCCCCCGUGAGCCGCCGUCAGCAGUGUACGGUCACGCGUUCAACGGCGGACACAUGGACUCUGAUGACAGCACUGAACCAGAUGACACACUGGAGCGGGUGAAGCUGUCUAAGUUUGCUUGUGAUAAGAUGCAUCAGCGUCGUCAAGAGCAACAGGACACAUCAGCUGCUCAGGAGCCAAUGAGACGGCAUCUGACACACACACUCACUGAUGAUGUGGACUGUGUGAAAGACAUGACAUUAAACGGUUCGCUGUCAGAUGAAUCCAGACCGACCGGAACCCAGAAUCCAAUUAAAAGUUUGAGCCCCGCCCAUCAGCCCGCCCCUCCGACCAUCCCACCCCAUAGAAACACAACGCCACGAGUGAGACGAGCUGCUAGUCUGAACCGAACCCGAGUGUCUGCAUCCCACAGCUCUGAUGAGUUGAUUCCCGGGACACCUAAAAAAGACCCUGAGGAUCAGACUGAGCUGCGGCCCUUCUCCAAACCUGAACUGGCCCUCACACAGAGCUUCAGACUGAUCAACACUGAUGACUGGGAGAAGAAGAUUGAAGGAAUGAACUUCCUGCGGAGUUUAGCCCAGUAUCAUCCUGAUGUUCUUCAAAGCAGAACUCAUGAUGUGUGUGUCGUGUUGAUUAAGGAGGUUCGUAACCUGCGUUCUGGAGUGUCUCGUGUUGCCGUGGUGACGGUGGGUGAGAUGUUUGGAGUGCUGCAGAAGGGAAUGGAUCAGGAGCUUGAGGGAUUGGUUCGAGCUCUGCUGUAUAAAGCUGGAGAAUCCAACGCCUUCAUCAGACAGGAUGUAGAUAAAGCAUUGGACAGUAUGGUGCACAACUGCACACUCACACGCAGCAUGAACGCACUGCUCACCGGAGGACUGAGUCACCUGAACUCAGUUGUUCGUAAGUGCACCGCGCGGCAUCUGAGCUCUCUGGUGGAGAAGGCAGGAGCCGCUCGCAUGCUGUCUGGAGCAAAAGAUCUCACCGAACGCAUUCUACCUGCCAUCUCAAAGCUGGCGCAGGACUCGUCACAAGAGGCCAGGUACUUUGGUCGUCGGAUGCUUCUGUUUUUAUCAUCUCACCGUGACUUUGAUAAAAUGAUGGAGAAGUUCAUCCCUCCUAAAGAUCUGCCGACCAUCAGAGACACCGUCUUCACUCUCAACACCAAGGGUUUGGGUGAGAUUCCUCAGGACGUCCCGUCAGCACGCGGCAGGAGGUCUCUCCCGGGCAGUGGACUCAUGCGCACCUCGUCCCUCACUCGUGAACCUCUCGUGACCAACAGGGAUUGUGGUCAGUCGCUGAUUAAAGCCGUUCACAGUUUCACAGACAGAAGCGACUACAUCAAACAGCUGAAGGAUCUGCUCAACUCAAAGGACUUCAGAGAGAGAAUGAAGGGCAUCGAUCAGCUGGUGUGUGACUGCGAGCAGAACCCGUCUCUGGUCAUCAGCAGCAUGUUCCCGGUGUUUGACGCGCUGAAAGCUCGUCUGCAGGAAUCGAACAGUAAAGUGAACCUGCGAGUGCUGGAGGCGUUACAGAAGAUCAUCAGUUUACUGAAAGAUCACGUGACUCAAGUGCUUAACAUCAUCAUACCUGCGAUAGUGGACAAUCACCUCAACUCCAAAAAUAACGCCAUCUACACUGCGGCACUGGCAGCCGUUCAAGCGCUCAUCGAUAACAUAGACAACAGUCUUCUCCUGCAGCCCUUCUGCUCAAAGGCUCAAUAUCUGAGCGGGAAAGCAAAGCUCGAUCUCAUUGAGAAAGUUGCAGAGUUGGUGAUGGAGCUUCACCCGUGCCGACCGCAGCUGGUGGAGCAGAAGGUUCUUCCUCUCUUGUGGCAUCUGCUCAGUCGCUCCAGUAACAGCGGCACUGCUCACAGCCGCGCCGGCAACCUGAAGGCGGCUACCGCUAAACUGUGCAAAGCUUUACACGCGCACAUGGGCCAAACGCUGGUGGAGUGCGCCGCGUCGCAAAACGCAAGCAUUCAGUGCGACUUGAAUGAGCUGCUGAGGAGCCUGGCAUGAGACCACCGAACACAAACACACACUUUCUACUGGAAUAUCCAGAAUAUAGAGAGUUCCUGCAUUCCCCCCAGUGCCUGGACUUUGUGUCUUUUCUAAAACAGAACAUUUUUAAACAAAUUCUAACACUAUUAUUAAAGGAAGGAAGUCCUUCACAACAAAUACUGUUUCUUGGUGAAAUGUUUUUAAUGCAGAUUUGAUCUGUUGGCAUCAGGUUGGACAGUUAACGCUUAUUUUGCACUUUCACGAUCAUCGUAACACUAUCGUCAUGGUGACUAGAGCUCUAUAUUGUUGUCGCUCUUAUUUUCUGUCGGAUUGUGAGUUUGAAAUAUUGGCAGCACUACACAAUGAAACAUUUGAAAUGCACAAUAAUAAUACAGAUGUUUGUUUUGUAACGUGUGCUCUGUAACAAGAGAUGUGUUGUUAUUAUCAAACUUUGUGCAAGAUUUACAGGAGUCUUUUGUACUGUAUAAUAGCACAGUAUUAGCAGUAUGUAUACUGUAUGUGGUUGCAGUAUAUAUUGUAUCUUUUGUGGAUAUUUUGGCAUAUCUGUAAUGACUUAAUAAUUAAGUGAUGAUGGCCUGUUUUAAGUGGGACCCUUCCUGGUUUUAUUUGCAUGAUCAAAUUGAUUGGUGUGGUUUAAAAAGAGAAAAAAAUCACCAAUAUUUGUCUAGGUUGUAUUUUCGUACAGAAAGAUGCCUCUAUCAGCUGUCGAUGUGAAGCAGUUGUAUUUUUGUGAAUGUGAAGCUUUAUGAUAAUAAUAAUAAUAUGAAUACAGGUGAAUUCGUGUCCAGCUGUAGUUGUCUGUUUAGUGCCAGUCAUUCUUCAACAGCCUUUAUGAGAUUUCACAUUAAAUUAUAUAAAA